CUAUCAGACAGGGAGCGGUCACGCGGUCAAGCGUUCAAGCGGUCAGUUUUGCGUUCUUUGUGUUAUAUUACGUUACAUAGAUAUACUCACACAGGAGGCAUUCUGACCGCGUCGGUCAAGUAGAACGCACGCGUCCGCGCGUUCAGUGCUGUUUUGGCGACCAAAUUGGAAGGAAGAUGGAGACCGAAAAGCUAAUUAUGUUAGUACGUAACAGGCGUUUUUUAUACGAUGCGAAGGAUAACAAUUACAAAAACCGAGGAAUAGUAGCCGAAGCAUGGUUGGAAAUUGCCAGAGAAAUGGGAAAUGAAAAUGGUAAACAAUGGGCUACUAAAUGGAAAAGCUUAAGGGAUAAUUAUAAGAAGUUCAAAAAGUCAACAGAAACGGCUGCAUAUAAAAAAUACAAAAAUUGGCCUUGGGCAGAUCAGCUUCGCUUUCUAGAUGACACCAUUGCACUGAAUGAAACUGAUAGUAAUAUCAGUGAAAAUAGAGACAGCACUUCACAAGUUUCUGACUCAACCAACCAACCAAGUCCAAGUAACAGUGUUGAUUUGCGAGAUUCUGUGUCUGAAAACCUCUCCCGUCCCGGUUCUAGUAAUAGUAGUUACUCUAGAAAUUCUGCAAAAAAUAAAAAUGUAACACAAAAAGGUGAUUCAGACCUACAACAACAACUUUAUGCGACUUCUAUGAAAAAAAUGCCAGCUCGCAUGCAAAGUAUGCUCAAACUAGAUAUGGCAACAUUAUUUGCAAAAUACGAAAUGCAAAUCCAGGAUAAUAUAAAUAUAACUCCAGUCAAUUCACCAUCAACUAACUUGUCUACUGCAAAUUCAUAUAAGUAUUCAUCCGAAGACAGUAUGUUACAAGAUGUUGAAGACUCACAAGGUCUGCCUGAAUUGUCAUCACACGAAAUGGAUGAAUUAUUACAUGAUACACAACAUGUUCAGUCAAAUGAAGUAAAUCAAGACCAAAAUAUAACCGAAUUUUCUGAGCUUAGACGGUGUUAUGAAGAAGCCGCUGAAAGAUCGGGUCUCGAUUACCACGCCGAAGUUUCGAAAUUUAUUGCACGUGACCUGGCUCAGGGAGAGAGUGCUUUCGCGGAGAUGCGAGAGAAGUGGAGAAGAGAGAAACAAAAAUAUGAAGAUGAGACUAUUGAUAAACAAACUUCAGAAGAUAAGGCAGAAAAAGCAAAAAUGAAAAAAACUAAUGAAUUGUCUUUUUUGUCAAACGACAAGAACAAAGAUCGUCUCAUCGAUAUUCUUUCAAGGGAACUUCAAGCUGCUGGUAUUGAAACUGAUCAAGAUUUCGAAGAUGCAGAUCGAUUGAUAGUUACCACAGCUCUCAAGGAGUCCUCUAUUUACGACUCUGCUACAUACAUCGGAGAAGACCGAUGA